GCUCGGACAUACACAUACCCGCCCGCACCAAAAGGACCCAACAAAGUCCAGCCAGCCGAGCUCAAUUAGCUCGUGCGCGCACCGCCCAGCUCCUUCCCGCUUCCUCCUCGACCGAGACCUCUCCGUGCUCAGCUCGAUCGCUUGUGCUUAGCUCGCCGCUCGCUUGCCACACCCACACGGCCACACAUGAGCUGCUACUAGCGCCGCAUGCAGCAGCUGCCGGCCGGCCUACAAGCGGAGGGACCGGUGACGGUGAGGUCCGUUCCGUCGUCCGCGCGUGGCCAGGGAUCGACGACGGCGGUAUAUAUGCAUGGAGACCAUCAAGUGCUGCAUCGCGUGCAUCCUGCCGUGCGGGGCGCUGGACGUGGUGCGGAUCGUGCACUCCAACGGCCGCGUGGAGGAGAUCAGCGGGGGGCCCGUGCUGGCCGCCGAGAUCAUGAAGGCGUACCCCAAGCACGUCCUCCGGAAGCCGCCGUCCACGUGCCCCGCCGACGCCGCCGGCAUCGUCGUGCACAAGCCCGUCGUCCUGCCGCCCAGUGCCGAGCUGCACAAGGGCAAGAUCUACUUCCUCACGCCGGUCAUGGCCGACGCCACCCCGCCGGCCCCCGCGCCCGAGAAUAAGCCACCAGCCGCGAGUCUCCAACCCCCGCCCCCGCCCCCGCCCGCCGCCCAACAAACCGCUUCUUCGGCGGCGAGGACGAGGCGGCGCCGGAGGAAGGGCCAUACUACCGCAGCCGCACGGGAGGGAGCGCCCGCCUGCAGCAGCGGGGCCGGGGCCGGGGCUAGAACCGCGGCCGGGCUGGCGCCGCAGGAGGGCGACAAGGAGCGGCUGCUAGACAACGAGCGGUACCUGUCGGAGAUCAUGAAGGAGACGGCCUCCACGCCCAGGGACCGGCGGCAGGGGCGCGUCGCCGUGUGGCGACCGCACCUGGAGAGCAUCACCGAGGAUGACUUGUAAUCAAUCAAGCAAUGCAAGGUGUCUUUGUUUCUUUUGUUUUCUUCUUCUUCUUCUUCUUCUUCUUUCUCUCCCAUGCACCCCUUUUCUUUCUCUCCAUUUCUUUUGGGUUUUCAUUGCUACGUAGAGGAUGAAUAGUGGUAGUUUCCUGGCUUUCUCCUUUGUUAAUUACCGAGGGUUUUCUUUUACCGAGGGUUUUUUGCGUGGCACUCGGCAAAGAGCUCUUUGCCGAGUGCCCGAAAUAAAACACUCGGUAAAGAAUAUGACACUCGGCAAAGAGUCAAAUUCCGGUAGUGGACGUAAAAGAUGGGCGCGCACGAUGUGCUUCGUCUGUCUCUCUCUAACCUUAUCGGAGUUAUUAAAACUCCACCCCUUUUGGGCGCCUGUCCGCGUUCGGCGGUGUCUGCCCCUUCCGUCGCGCGACGUGUGUCCGGGAGUGGACCCAAAAAAUUUAUUCAAUGAAGCUUAGACCGGCUGCCAUGCUCCUCUCCCGGUCUCCCCUCCCGGCCUCUCCCUCCUCCCAUGCCGGCUGCCAUGCUCCUCUCCCGGUCUCCCCUCCCGGCCUCUCCCUCCUCCCAUGCCGCGCAGCGCCCCUCUUGAUCUGCCGCCCUGCUUCCUCUUCACCUCUUCCUCCCCAUCGAUCAACCGCCCGUUCUUCCGUCUCGAUCCAUCUGCCAUCCCAUCCCCGCUCUGCCUGUUUCCCCUCGCUUCCUCUUCGGCUCUUCACCCCCCUCGAUUCGCCGCCCGUGCUUCCUCCUCACUUCAUCUGCCGUCCCGUCGCCCUACCUCCCCGCGUCUGCGCCUGUCUUCAGCCUCCGGAACCAUAUUCGCGUUGGCCUCCACCUACGCACGACGCACCCGCCUCUGGCCUUAAGAGCUCCUCCCGUGCCGGCCUUUAGAGAUCUGCUACCUCCACAUCGAUGUCUAGGGCUCCUCCAUUGCCUAGAUCUACCAUAGUGAGUGAGCCUACAGAGCUGACCUCAUCCAGGCUCCACGUCCACCCCACGGUCAUCGUCCUCUGUUGCUCUACGUUUCAUGCUUCUCACCUCCUCUCCUCAAUCUCAUCACUAGAGGCGG